AGUAAAUUAAGUGAUUUGAAUUAAAAAUUUACAAAUCACACCAGCAAUGCUUCUAAAGAAAGUAUACACUCUAGUCUUCAUCUCGAAAGACCAACAAAUACUUUUGGGUCUUAAAAAGCGCGGGUUUGGCGUCAACAAAUGGAAUGGUUUUGGCGGUAAAUUGGAGCCGAACGAAACAAUAGUUGAGGCCGCUUCAAGAGAAUUAAAAGAAGAAUGCUGUAUUAGGGUAAAAACCACAGAUUUAAAGAACAUCGGACAUUUAGAAUUUACUUUUGAAGGGGAUAAAACUAUGAUGGAAGUCAGAGUAUUUGGUUCGAAAUUGUUUGAAGGAAUUCCUAGAGAGACCGAAGAAAUGUUACCGAAAUGGUUUCCUUGCAAUAACAUUCCUUUUGAUGACAUGUGGCCUGAUGAUAGAAUUUGGUUUCCCUAUAUGCUGAAGGGACAACUGUUUUAUGGUAGAUUUCAUUACAAAGAUCUUGAUACAAUAUUGAAUUAUCAUAUUGAAGAGCUGAAGUCUAUGGAAGAAUUUUAUAAUAGAAAUUUGUAAAAUGUAUUGCUAAUUAUUUGCUGAUCAUUGUGAUUUACAUUUGUGAUACAUAUUUAAAAUUAAGAUAAUUUUAAAUUACUUUUGCACUUUUGACUGUAAUUGUAUUAAUCCUGCCAUUCAAAUAUUAAAAAUGAUUAAAAAAUUAGUCAUGAUUAAAAGGUACUACUCUAGAAAGCUGGAAAUUUGAAUACCUAUCAAAAAGUGCUACUAACUAAUGCACUACCAAGCUGGUCUCUAAUAAUUAUUAAUAUUCUUUUUGUCUUUUAAGAAAUGUAGGUAUGUGACCAAUAAGGCCUGUAGUACAAAAAAUUGAACUAUUUUAUUAAUUGAGUUUGAUUCCUAAAAAACAAAAUAAUAAAAAUAAUCAUGAAUGUUCAUAACAUAAAUAAAUACAUUUUAAUAAUCAAUAUAUUUGAAAAAGAUAGUGUUAUUUGUAACCAGUUUUAUUUACAGAAAUGUUGCA